AUGGUCGCCUCACGGCCCAGCAACCUCGACAUCCCCAUCCGACUGUCCUACGUAAGCGGCGCCUCGCAAGCCAAGGCCAACAAUGGCCACGACUACUCAGUGGCGAAGACUCCCGAUGACAUCAAUGAUCCCGUCAACCUCGAGGGUGGUGCUCUGCGUGAGGGUGAGGUCCCCAGCCUUACCAGCCAGGACGGUCUCGGCCUGCUCUUCCAGUACUGCGCCGUUGGUAUCAACUACGGUCUGCUGCCUGCCACGAUCUACCCAUUCCUGCAGCAGUACCUGAACGCCACGGGCUCCCAAGUAACCACGGCCAACACUCUGGUUAUCCUGCCGUGGAGUUUCAAGGUCUUCUACGGCGUCCUGUCCGACUGCGUGCCUAUCUACGGAUACCGCCGGAAGUCGUGGAUGAUGGUCGGCUGGGUCAUUUGUCUGGCCAUGCUGCUGCUGAUGGCCAUGUCGCCUGCUGGAGAGCCGUACUACACCGUUCCGUCCGACCGCGACAUUGCCAUCGCUGAUAUCACCCCGGAGAUCGAAGCUCGUAUCAAUGCUGAUGCUGGCAACCAGGCCGGCAAAUACGUCAUGUACAUGUUCUUCGCGGCCUUUGGCUAUGUCCUCGCAGUCGUGUGCGCCGACAGUAUUGUGGUGGACUUCGCCCAGCGUGAGCCCAUCGAGCAGCGUGGUAAGACACAGUCGGCUAUCUACACGGUGCGCACGGUGUUCGUUAUCAUCGGCCAGUUGCUGGUUGGCUUCUGCUUCAACGGCGAAGAGUACGGCGGUGACUUCAACUUCUCGCUGAACCUCCCCGAGCUGAUGUCCAUCGUCGCGGUCAUCACAGCGCCGAUCCUCCCCAUUACGUGGUACCUCGUGAAGGAAGAGAAGAAGCCCCGGAUCUCGUUCCGUAAUUACAUGAGCGAGUUCUGGGUGCUGCUGCAGAAGCGCGCGGUGUACCAGGUCGUGUUCUACCAGUUCUUCCAGAACGUCUUCUCCAGCAUCUCGUACACGGCCAGCUCGCCCGUCAAGUCGUACAUGGUGGGCGUGACCCCCAUCAACAACACGAUCAGUGAGAUCUUCGCCAAUGUGCUCUUCAUGGCUGGAAUCAUGGUCACGUCCAAGUGGGGUCUCAACUGGAGCUGGCGCAAGAUGAUCCUGUUCACGGGCGUUUUCGUCAUUAUUGCCGACAGCAUCACAACUCUCCUAACGAUCUGGAAUGUGUUCCGCAGCCAGUGGUUCUGGCUCGGUCUGCCGCUGGCCGUGAAGCUCCCAUACGGUGUGGGCUGGAUGAUUGGUAACUUCGUCAUCGUCGAGCUGGCUGGUGUCGGCAACGAAGGAGCCAUCUACGGUCUGGUUACAAUGGUCGGCAACUUGGCGUCUCCGUUCGCGCAGGCCAUUACGCUGCUCAUUAACCAGCCUCUGAACCUGACGACGGCUCGUAUCCAGGCUGACGAUACUUCCAUCCGUACGGAUCUCACGUACGCGGUGCUCAUUAUGUACGGCAUGACGAUCUUCUCGUGGGCUUUCCUCGUGUUCCUGCCUCGUCAGAAGGCCGAGACCCAGGAGCUGCUGCGCACCGGCGGCAGCAGCAAGCUCUUCGGCGCGCUCACGGUCGCCUACGUCUCGUUCGCUACUGUUUGGGCGCUGAUGACCAACAUCAUGGCCAUGUUCGAGUCCACGUCGUGCCUACUUAUUGCAGGAGGCAAGGGCUGCUAA